AUGGCUCCAAAAACCAUUUCUAACCAUCUGUUAGAUGUGAGCGUCUUGUUAGUUUUUGCCAUUGUUCUGGUCGUGUCAGCAACAAGUGAACAAGAUAAGUGUUUGAAACCUUACGGCGAUUCCUGUACAGAUUCGACGCCGAUGCCAACAAGAGCUGAAGGUUUAGGAGUUUAUUAUGAAGAACCAUGCUACGGAGUCGGAUGUGGAUUCUUUCGACCUUACUGCCGUCUUUGUUGGAUUGAUCCAAAAGCACCUGGUAGAAUGGAUCGUCCACAAUGUCCGCAAUGUGUUAUUGAUCGAGAACGGAGAACAGACACUCAAGAUCUACGAUGUAAACUGCCUCCUGGAAACUCUUGUACCAGCGGGACGCCGAAAAACACGAAAAAGGAAGGUUUAGGAGUUUAUUAUGAAAACCCAUGCCAUGGAGCCGGAUGUGGAUUCUUUCAACCUUACUGCCGUCUUUGUUGGAUUGAUCCAAAAGCACCUGGUAGAAUGGAUCGCCCACAGUGUCCAAAAUGUGUAGCUAGCUUUUAA